AUGAUAAUUUCUAGAUAUCUUUUAGAUAAAAUGCAAUUUUAACUUGAUGGCGAGUUAACUUUAAAAAUUAAUGUUCAAAAUGGAAGAAAUCUAUUUGAUGUGGUUAGGAAUUAAUUUUUGUUUCCGACCUUAUUGUGAAUUCGUAACAGAGUUUAGACGUUAAGAAGGAUGAAAUUUGAGUAAUUAUUGCCUAUUUAGAAUAUAUAUUAAGGUCAUUUUAAAAAGCAAAAUUUUAAUACAAAAUGUUUCUCAUAAAAGGUGAAAAACUUAACUUUUUGCUCUCCUAACAAUACAUAAUUAGCUAGGCCUUACAACUUCCUUUCUCCUCGUAAAAUUGUUUUGUUAUGGAAUAUUUUCAAUUUAUAGAGUAGGUUUCAGAAAAUUCAUGGCAUGGCGUUUUUCAUUUAACAUGUCGGUUUUUAUCUGGGCCGGUUUAUAAGCACCAAAAAAAUUCAGAGUUUGGUCUUCACGUUUUGUUUUUAAGAUUUGUAACGCUGCUAGCUUUGUUGCUAUGUUUCCACGCUUAACGACAAAUUCGGAAUUUGGUAUUCACGCUUUGUUUCUAAGAUAUGUAACGCUGCCAGCUUUGUUACCAUGUUUCCACGCUUAACGACAAAUUGCAACGGACAUGACACCCGUGGAGAUUUCCCGUGCUAAAGAUAUUUCUUUGAAAUUCCCACCAUUCAAGAGGAUUAAUGAAUCAUUGGUAGAUCGAACAUAAAACCGGCCAAGAAUUGUCUCGGUGUUGUCAACAAACCCACCAGCAACUUCAUCACAAUAUAAACAAGAAAAUGGGAUGUGGAUCUUCGUCGAGCCGCCUCAGAGAUAGAUUUAAGGCCUCGGUGUUUCCACUCACAACGGCUCAAAAGUACCUGGUGCGCGAAACUUGGGAAACAAUCGAAAUUCACAAGAAUUCUGUUGGGAAGAAGACUUUUAUCAAAUUCUUUGAAAAGAAUCCUGAAUAUCAGCGACUAUUUCCGGAAUUUAAAGACGUACCUCCAUCUGAGCUCGAGAAGACAAAUGCUUUAUAUGGGCAUGCAAAAAGAGUGAUGAAAGCGGUAGAGAAUGCUGUUUCCGCUUUGGAUGACUCUGAGAGUUUUAGCGCGUAUUUAGAAGAAUUAGGACGCAGACAUAAAACACGUGCCUUAAAACCUAUGUAUCUUGACUCCAUGCAGGAAGCUCUGAUGUUUGUUCUUCAAGAUCUUCUUGAGUCUAGUUGGACCGAGGAAACUGCAGAUGCCUGGAACAAGUUAUUUCGGUUCGUCACAGAACAUAUGACUUAUGGCCUACAAUCCUGAUGCGCAUGUCUCAAUUACAGAACGCCUUUGCUCUUGUUCGUCCUCAAAGGGACUGACCAUCUUGUUUUGGGGGAGAGCAGGCCUUUGGGAUACAAUAAUUGUAAUAGUGCAAACUCCAAAGCAAGAGGAACUGUUUAUGACAAAGAAAAAAAAUUGUUUCGAGCCUAAUUCUCCCGCAGCGCACAGGUCGAAUACAAAGCUCACAGCCUAUGUUCGAGUUAGGUGAAUGCAUACCGAUUGGAGAUAUAAUCGUAGAGAACGUAGAUGAAGCACAGAAAAAAAUGGCCAAACCCCUCCAAUUUACCUCUUUAUAAAAGGGUGUGUCUCUUACUACGAUACGACUACAAAGGAGCCAGUGUGACGGCCGCUGGUAUAUUGGAAACUUUUUGCUGUUGAAACAUUCAAGCACGAAGUAUCUAUCUUCAUGUCAAGAAAAGAUUUGUGGAAAACUAUUCAAAUGGGUUGCAGUUGGUUUUAGUAGGAGAAUCUAAACAUGCUGAAGUUAAAGGAGGCGGUUUUCUUCAACUAAUUCAUUUCUAUGCCGCGGAUAGUGAACGUCAGCCAAAGCUAUACUCAAAGGUCUACAUAGAAAUUUUGCAAUGGUUCUAGAUGCGAAAAAACUCAUUUUCAAUCAUCCCAAGGUGUUGGAAUUGGCUAUUAGUCAUAUCUUAAUACUUUUUGUAACAUAACCGAAGCAAAUAUCUAUUUGUGGUUGUCCAGAAUCUUUUUUAAAAAAAAAAAUCAUAAACAAAAGACUAGAUUAUAAUAACAAGCAUGUGUAAAUAACAUAUUUCUGAACGGUAUAAUUAAUUAAUGCAAAAACGCAUUUAAAUGUAUAACAAUUUUCUGCGAACAAUAAAGCGCCAAAUGCUCGUGGACAUCAAAAUAGUGUCCAUUUUUUUUUGUUUUAUACACAAUGUAAUGUUUAGUAGACCAAUAUGCUUCUUGUGAGGGCUGACUCGUCCAUUAACACUUGUGAUAGAAAAUAUGUAAACAAUAAUUUAUUAUUGUAAGGAUGCAAAAUUUACUUUUUAGUUAUUAACCCAUUCCUGAGCAAAAGGGAAACGGAAUUCUUAACGGAGACUUAAGAAGAUUGCCUUAAUAUGAUAGAUCGUUUAGAUAAAUGACUCCUAUGACAGACACAAAUAGCUUUAUUUACUAAGGGAAAAUAUGACGUAACAGUUGUAAACAAACCAUUGAUUACCCUACAAAAACAAAUCCCGGUCCCGAAGUUUCGACUUUCGCUUGAUUCGCAGAAUUCGUCAUUCACAUUUUAACCGUCGAUGAUUACAGUUUAGGCAGUAGGAAACACGUAAUAAGUUUUCAAUCGUUUUCGCCGGAGAUUGUUCAUAAAAAACAAUUACCAUGUUUUAAUCUGGCUGUGACCCUUCAAUAUUUUCACUAAAAUAUUAUGAUCAGAAUGAGUUAGUUUCGUUUAAUAUUGUAUUUAAAUAACACAAGAACUGUUUUGAAAAAAUUUACAAAGAAGAACAGUUUGGUAACUUUAUAAAUAAAAAAUUUCCU